AACCUUGUAAACAACGUUUGUUCGCGUCUCUGCCAUUCUUCUCACCGACACUGCACCUUCUGACAGGUCAAAAGGUGUCUCUGUUAGACGUACGAUGCCCCUACCAAAACAACAAAGUACACUGAGCCCCUGGACACGGUAGACUUGGGCAUGUUGUGAGCGCAUCACAGACAACACCAGUGCUCGCCAUCCCCCUGGCCGGGAAAUGCCGUGGCUUUUCACGAUUCCCGAGUUCGUCAAGAAGCGAGCAUGUCGCUAUCUCCUACAGCACUACCUGGGCCAGUACCUGAAGGGGAAGAUACAGCUAGAAGACCUCACCGUAGACCUCUACAAUGGCACUGGCACUAUCACAAAUGUCCCUCUCAACGUGGAGGCAGUCAACGAAGCUCUGGAAGGGACGGGGGCUCCAGUCCAGGUGGUGUCUGGCUACCUCGGGAGAGUCACAAUAUCGGUACCGUGGGGUGCCCUCAUGAGCGACAGCUGCAGGGUCGAGGUGACGGGACUGAUGCUCUCUGUCAUGCCCUGUCUCAGUUCUGCGGCCGGGGAAGAUCUUGCCACGAUGACAGAUUCAUUGUUCUUUGGAAGCAACAUGACUAACAGUCUGCAAAUGGCAGAGGAGGUAAUGAGGAGUGGGCCGGUGGAAGGAGAGGAAGGAGGCAGGGGUGAAACAGGAGCCGAGAGAGAAGGCCGUGCGGCUUUCGAAGGCAUGGAAGCCCUUGCAAGAGCCAUAGAGACAGUUUUGUCGCGAGUGCAGAUAGACUUGAAGGAGACUGUGGUGCAGUUGGUCUGUCGCUCUUCCGACUAUACCCACCAGUACUUUGUCAGGCUCAGGAUUCAGAGUAUCAAGUUCUAUGACGAGGAGAGAAGAGGGGGAGGGGAAGAGGAAUCGAGUGUGGACAGACCUAGCCCAGUUGACAACCCCGCAGAGCCCAGUGGACGUGCAGCAGUCGAGACAAAGAUCCUCGAACUCUCUGACAUUACGGUUGAAGUCGGAGGAGUAGGGGAAGAUAUCCACACCUCAACAAUUUCCCCAGAGGAUCUUCCCGGGGUCCCGGUGGCGUAUGUGAGCGGUGGGAUGAACGUGACUGUGAAGGUGCGGGGUACAGACAGUGCCCCCGUGCCCCGUGUACAGGUAGAGGCUGUGGUGGGAGGGGUCCACUGUCUCCUGGCGCCGUCUCAACUUCACAUACUUGCGGAAAUAGCUUCAGCUGCCCUGAGGAGUGGAGGUUCCACUGUCAGUGACUUUGAACAAGCAGGCACAGGUACCAACAGACCCAUUCCCAGUGGAGACCUCCACGGGGAUGCAGUCCCAGCUGCAGAGCCUCUUUCGAGAGGAGAGACGGGAGCGUGAGCGUCGCAGGGAUCUUCUCACGGCGGACCCCUACCAGGGGAGAGGAGGAGGGUCCAGAAUGACAGACAGCUCCGUGACGGCCUCCCCGGACAUGUUCUACUCACUGAAUCUCAACGAGUCGUUCUCGGAGGCCGCCACCACCCGCAGCGAGGUGAGCGGGGAGCGUUCGAUGGAGUCCUCGCUCUGUACGACCGCCGCGUCGGAGACCGCCAUGAGUGACUCCUACACCUCGUCCAGUACCGCCCGCACCCUUCGUGGAAAAUCCCCCAACAGUGUUCACAUGGGCUCUUACAGCGAGGAGGGAGAUCUGGACUCCAUAGCCCUCGGUGGAGGCAGCGGGCUCCAGCAACUAAUGCAACAACAGAGCCCUGGGUCCAGGAGAAGACACAGAAACAGCAGCGGUGGAAAGGUUGGGGGAGGAGGGAGGGGAGAAAUUGCACCGCACGACGUCUGCAAGUAUUCUCUGACUCUGAGUGGGAUCACGGUGGCAGUACUGGAGGCAAAUCCGGCAUACACACACCCGGCAGACAGGUAUCGUUGCAGGAAGAGCGAGUCGACCCAGACGUACUCCAGUCUGGACAGCUGUGGACUGGACCCCAUGUGCUACCUGUCAGAGGUGGCCAACGUACUGAGGGCUGGCGUGAAUCGCAGGGAGAUACAGAGGCAGAGGGAAAACUUGGCUCAGGCCUUGCCUCUAGACCACCUCUUAGUGUGGUUCUCGACUGUAAAGAUUGGAGUUAGCCUGCAGGGACCCACUACUGACCUACAGCUGACGGUGGCUUCGUGCGAACUCUGGGAGUUCCUCUACAGCAAUGCUGCCAACCUCCCUCACAUCACCACCCCAGUCUCUGCUGCUCUGUUGAUUGAGCUGUUGGAAGACGUUGCCCUGUCUCAACCAUGCAUCAGACUUAAGGUCUCAAACUCAACUGAUCACGCCCCAAGAAAGAGACAUACAAAGCAGGGCUCUCUUAGCCAGAUGGUGUCUGUCGACCUGACUCUCACCUCCCCUCAUGUUAAUCUCGACCCCACGCUCGCCGAAAGGCUCCAGCCUCUCCUCCUCUCCCUCUCCUCCUCCUCUCCCUCUUCUCAUGGGGGAGGUGGUAGAACUGGACUGGCUGUCUCUCAGGCACAACUGAAGCACUCACUGUACAUGACCACCAGCAACUUCCACUCUGUUAACCAGCAAAGGCAGGCAGUGUUCAACCAGGCAAUGAACAGUGACCACCGAAACAGUCCAGAGCUGAGAGUCCACCUAAAGAUCGCCACCUCAUCUGUCUCCCUUUCCCUCAGGUUCCCGGUGCCCGAGUUGAGUGAGGCCCAGCGGAGGUUGCCGUGGUACCACCCAUCCCUGCGAGACGAGGUCCUCCACCUCACCUUGUCACAGCUCACACUCACCAGCACCCUUCUCCCCCACCUCCCCCACAACUCCUCCGUCUUUGACGCCUACUUCUCCAAUGCCAAUGUGUUUCUGAGCUGUGAUGGCAGUGUGGAAGGGAGGGAGCUAUUCCUUACUGUGUCUGGUUCUGGGCAACAAUCGUCAUUCUUUGGAACUAACAGUAGCCCCACCAGAGCAAGCCUGCAACUGGUGCUCCAGCCGGUGAGUGACAGUGUCCUCGAGCAGUUGACCAAGUCGUCUCCCCCCUCCUCGACCCACGUCCACCCUCACUUGCUGGAUGACCUGGUAGGGCUGGGUCUGGAUGAGGGAGAGGGGACACGAGACGAGCACAACGAACCCUCACCUUUCUCCACAAAGAGGGACAUGUACUCUGGAAAAAGUGGAGUCCAGAGUGCAGAAGAGGAGGGAGCUGGCCCAGAGGAGCACACGGAGCAGCUGGUUACCCCGGGCUCCCGCGGCGAGAUGGAAGAGUUUGAGCGGUACUCCUCGUCCUUCGCCCGGUGCCACGUGAGCCUCCACCUACCCAGGGUCUUCGUCCAUCUCCCCAGCAAGUCCUUUCUUGAGACACUCUACUCCAGAUUUGCAACGGAUCUGGCACUGUGGCGGCCGGCCAGCCCCGAGCAGGUGGAGAGAGCCAACGCUGCCAAGUCACUCUUCUUCUCCUCUGUGGACAUCCAGCCAGCAGCCACCGCCGAGGAGAAGGUCCAGAUGUGGAACACUGCUCUCAAAGAGUAUCCUGAAGACGAAGAUGAAGAAGACGAUCUAGCUCGGGAGUUCUUACCCUCUCCCCCCUCUGCUUCUUCCUGCCCCACCCCUGGACUGAGUGCUCUGUCUCUCUCUGUCUCCAUCGACACUGCUCGUCUCUCCAUGCUCCUCCAUAUCAACGACGACAACAACAAGUCUUGUUCGAUGGGUAGAGAAGACCCCUCCAAUCCUCGUGCUAAUUACUCGCCCGGAGACAGUCUGUAUGCGAGUGCUUUGUCGGAGCCGCCUCUCCUGCCUGACCUGGACUCCGCCCCCACAGUGGGAGGGAGGGCGGGGGAGAAGGUGAGUGGAGGAGAGACGGACGGAAGUGGCGGAGAGCCGGGGAAGGAACAAGAUCGCGGACUGGCAAUUGUCGAGUGCUCCUCUCUCCAUUUCUACCUGGUCUCUGGCUAUCACGGAGACCCAAAUCACGAUUACAUCUGUGCCCACGUUGAGCAGUUUUCCCUGGCCCACACUGGUUCCCUGCGAUCGUCUGGACUAACUCCCUAUUCCGCCGUUCUAAACUCCACCUCUCAUCACGAGACCCUCUCCAGACUCCACCACGUCGUCCAGACGUCUCCAGAGAGACUCCAAUUGAAGCCCACCUCUCACGGCGGGGCUCUCCCCUUACCCAUGAUGCUAGUUGCAAUGGACAUUAGACUGGAUCCAGAGAGGAAUUCAAAGACUAACAAGUGUGCUGUAGCUAUUCAAAGCUCCCUCCUGAACCAUUACGUCACUCCUUCGGCACUCAACUGCUUCACGCAGUUGGGAGAGUUUCUGAGUCUGACAGACGAGACAGUGGAGGGAUAUGAGCCUCCGUCUCUCAUUACCGAAAUGCACCUUCACCUGCAGGACCUCAGACUUGAAUACUGUCCACUGCACCUUCCUCUGAGGGUUCUCCUGGGGGUUGGCUCAGUCCAGCUCUCCACCAGUCUCGUGGCCGGGUCUCCUCUCCUGGUGAUCAGACUCCUAGUGGACCACGCAAACCUGGCUCUCUCUGACUCACGCAGCCACCACCACCCACCUUCCCUCAGAGACUAUGUGUGUGUACUGGACCUGGACUGGUUUGAGCUGACUCUCAGACUCUGCAACAAAGCACAGUUCGAAGAGGAGAGCCAAAAGCUCUUCAGUCACCUCCCAGAGCUGUCUCUGGAGUGCUCCAGCAACGUUCUGCAGAUCCACACGUGUGUGGACUCGUGCGUGGCUCUCAGAGAUCUCCUGGUCUACCUGGCCUCUGACGGGGACCUCCAUCCCGCCCCUGCGAGAGAGACCAAGAGUGGCCAGAGCUACUCAAACCCGGCCUCUCGUAGUUCGGACUCAGCCCCUCCAACCUCUUCUUCUUCCUCCCCUGCCCUCCCCCCACCCUCCUUCCUCCAUCUCACUGGAUAUCAAUGACCUCCUCACCGAUGCCAUGGAGGACUCACCACCAAAGACCACACCCACCCAAACUCCACCUACCAGCACUGAUAACUCUGUCAGCAGUGGUCGAGUGUUAGAAAAAGCAAGUGAACCAAUUGAAACUACCACCAAGAGUAAAAUACAGGUUGUGGAGCAUGGAGAAAAGUCACUGGACAUUGAUUUUGGAGACUCAGACGAUGAGGAAGGUGAGGUUCCGAGAGAGGAAAGAGGGGAACGAAAUGGUCGCAGAUCCAGUGGAACAGUCAGUGGUGGGAUUAUUGCCGAACUUACUGACGCCAUCGAAGAAGAAGAAGAAGGUGGUGCGAGGCAAGUAAAAAGUGCAGUGGGCGGUGGAGGGAGGAAGAGAAGUGAAGAUUUGGAUGAUAAUGGAUUCUGUCUUCUCGAUGCACCCACCUCAACAUAUGUGGCUCCGGGCUCCAAGCCAGUGAUCAAGUGUCUGUUGCCAGAGGGAGACACAUGGAGGAUCGUUGAAAACCACUUUGCCAUACCAGAGCACCACGUGGACCAACUACUGAAACCAAAGCAUUUCCCAGGACCAGUCCUCCAGUACACUUUGAAGGAGCUCACCAUUGUGUGGCACCUGUACGGGGGGCAUGACUUCACCCCCCACCCCUUCACACCCUCACCAGCUUCCAGUCCUCACCUCCCUCACAGAACUCCUACGACCCCCGUUCCUUCUUCCUCGCAGCGUCCUCCUAGCUCCGUCUCUUCCAGAGCGGGCACGACCCCGUCUUCCAGUCACGGUAGCCCGACUUACACGUGGUCGAGAUCUUCACUGCCCGGUGGGAAGGGAGGAGGGAGAGGUGGGAGGGGUCGAGGUGGGUGGAGUUUCUCUGGAGGGCCUGGUAGAGAUCACAGUGUUCAUAUGGAAGUAGAAGUUGAUAAGAUGCGUCUCCAGUACGAAGUCUUCCCGCAAGACACGGCGCAGGCCUCGCGACUCGCCUUCCUCGUUCGAGACCUGGAGAUACGAGACAGACUGGCUCAGUCCAACAUCAACAAGUUCCUCUACCAGUACACCACAGAGAGCAUGCCACGUCAGUCACACGCCAACAUGGUGAGCCUGAAGGUCCUGACCACCAGACCUGAGCUGGAGACGGACGUCGAUGAGGAGGAAGUGUCUGUUCGUCUCUCUGUCCUCCCCAUCAGACUCAACAUUGACCAGGAUUCUUUCUACUUCAUGUUCGAGUUUUUCAGUCACAUAUCAGACACAUCUUCCCUCUACCACCCUCCUUCACCCCCAGCAACAGUCACCUCAGCAGCACCAACUCCACCAGUCUCUACUCAGGGCAAACAGGUCUUCAUCCGUUUGUUUGUGUUCCAGCCAGCACUCCCCAUCAAGAUUGACUACACAACCAAGUGGAGGUUCCCUACAGAUACAAUGGGUACUCUACCGGGAAUUCUCAUUAGUCUCUACCAUCUCGACAACUCUGAACUCACUCUCAAGGCACUCAACUGCAAGACCGGGUAUACUGUGCAUACAAUAAUGGACAGGAUAUUGUUCUCUAUAUUAUACGCCUGUAUUCAACUUUUCUCCAGAUUUCUGGGCUGGGACAGUCUGUUGGAGUGUGUGGCUCGUGAGUGGAGCACUGACAUAAUGAGCAGGCAACUCCCCCUCAUUCUCAAAGGAGUCGGCCCUACACACUACAUCACUCAGUUCGUACACGGGGUGGUGGACCUGGUUCGACUGCCCUACCACCAGUACCAGGAGGAUGGCCGAAUAGUUUGGGGUCUACAGCAAGGAGCGUCUUCCUUCUCCGCCUCCACUGGACUGGCUGUGGUGGAGCUCACCAGCCGGACUCUAGAGACACUCCAGUCAGUGGCGCAGAUGGUGUAUGACCUUGUGACUCCGGUCCCCGCAGAGGGUCACGCGAGUCAGGGACCCUCUCAACGCAGGGCUCCCCAUCAGCCGCAGGACUUCAGAGAGGGCGUCUCCAAUGCCUACGACGUUGUGGCCUCGGGUCUCACGGGUGCAGCGGUGGACCUGUACACGGUGGCCAGCGUGGAGCACGAGGAGAGAGGGGUGACGGGGGCCGUGGGGGGGUAUCCUCCGACAGAUCCCAGGGACCGUCGUGAAACCAGUCAUACUGCUCUCCGAGGCCACCCGACACGUUCUGGGCGGAGUCAAGAAUCAAUUUGUCCCUGACGCCCGGAGAGAGGCCCGGGAAAAGUGGAAGACUGUUGACACAAAUGACUGAGAUGACACUUCGUUUUAAAUGACCGCUGGAUCGUGGAAGUAUCUUUUGUUGAGUUGUGCAUUAAUUUUAUCAGAGAGUGCAAUUAUUAUUGUCUGUUGUAAUCUUUAUUGUCACAAAUUUUUAUUGUGCACAGUCACAGAGUCAGAUUAUCUAAUUGUACGUCACCAUAACUAUAUAUUAUUGCCAUAAGAUGAGAUAUAUCCUUCACGUGAAA